AUGGGAACUGAGCACUCGAAGAAUGAGGGGCGAAGGAGCAUGGUUUUUCUGAGGAAGGCCAAACGGGGAUUGCGUUAUGUCAGCUUGAGCCUCAUAAUGAAAGGGAUGACCAGCACGCCCGACUUCUUGUGGGGACUGCCCGAGGUGCAGAAACUGAACCUUUCACGCAACCAGCUGGUGGUGAUUCCUCCUUCGCUGGGGAAACUGGACAGGCUGGUAGUGCUGAAUUUGGGGGGCAACUGCCUCAAGCAUCUGCCUAAAGAGAUUGGGCUGCUGAGGAACCUGAAGGUCUUGUUCGUCAAUAUGAAUUGCCUGACAGAAGUGCCAGCAGAGCUCAGCUUGUGCAGGAAGCUGGAGGUUUUGAGCCUCUCUCACAACUGCAUCUCGCAACUGCCUUUGAGCUUCACUGACCUGACAAGUUUGAGGAAACUGAACCUCAGUAACAACCGCUUUGUGCAAAUUCCCCUCUGCAUUUUUGCACUGAGGAGCUUAGACUUCUUGCACCUAGGGUCCAACAGGCUUGAAAACAUUGCAGAGAGUGUCCAGUAUCUGGUCAAUUUGCAAAUCUUUAUAGUAGAGAAUAACAACAUACGCAGCCUGCCACGGUCUCUCUGCUUCAUCAACGCUCUGGAGUUGCUAAAUGUCGAUUACAACGCCAUACAGACUCUCCCGGACGACCUCUACCUGCUGCGCCGGCUGCCACGCAUCGCCUGGAACCCCAUGGACAAAGGCCUCCACCUCGCCCACAACCCCUUGUCCCGGCCCCUGCCCGAGGUCAUUGAGGGGGGGCUGGACGUCCUCUUCAACUACCUCAGGGAGAAAAAGGAGCACAACUGA